AUGUCACAACAUCAAACUACUCCUGCUUCAAAAACUAUUAAGUCUACUCAAAAGGUUAGCGCUCCUUCCAUGGACUUUCACGAUGAUGAAAUUCUGGAUAUGGUUCCCCUAUCAGUUAUUCCCUGCGAGGCCCUUGAUUUGAACCAUCCCAUGGAUGCCUUAGCUUCUGCAUGCCCCAAUCAAGGUAACAUCUCUAUUAUCCCUUCUGGCUCAUCUCAUGCCACUAACUCUAAGGAAGAUAUACACCACACUGAUCGUGUCAUAAGAAACCUAGUCACUAGAAUCCUUAACGAAGGACAUUCUGUGAAGGGAGUCUUUACUCCCUUGUCUAAAAUGUACCCCUCUCCUGAGGUUGCACAACAUAGUGAGAAGGAUGACGAUUCCUCCAGUUCUGAGAAGGACAUGGUUGUUGAAGGUUUGUGCUCUCUAGGGCAAACUGUGUCUGGUAAAGGAAAAUUUAUGGCAUCUAAAACUGCCAAUGCUUCUCAUUCUGAGAAGCAUGAUGUUGCAAACGAUGUGAUUGACCUAGAGGAUGAUAGGUCUGAUGAUCAAGAGGAUAGCUUACUUCAUCAAUUAAAGCCAAGUGUGGCUAAGCGUAUGAAGACUCGAAAAGGAAGAUAUGUGGCUGAACUGAUGUCAACUAAAACAGCUAAGAAGACUGUUGGUGUUGGUCCUUCCAAAUCUUGGAGCAAGAUUGAAAAAACCACUGUGAGGAAGUCUCCUGCUAAAGUUGUUGAUGUGCAUUUGGAUACUAUUUCUUUCCAUCUUGAGGAUGGAGCUGCCAAAUGGAAAUUUGUGAUUCAAAGAAGGGUGGCUGUGGAAAGGGAGUUAGGAAAGGAUGUUGUUGAAGUCAAGGAGGUCAUGGACCUGAUAAAGACUGUUGGGUUGAUGAAGAUUGUGGUUGGAAAAGUUAAGGGUGCAGGUGAAUUGGAAGCUACAGACAAUGAGGUCUGUAGAGAAAUUACAGCUAGGCAGGUGAAAGGGUGGCCUAUUAAGAAGCAUCUUCCUGCUGGGAAGUUAACUGUCAAGUAUGCUAUAUUGCAUAAAAUAAGAGUUGUAAAUUGGGUGCCUACCAACCAUAUUUCCACAAUUGCUAAUACCCUUGGAAGAUUUAUCUUUGUUGUUGGAACCAAAAUGAAUUUUGACUAUGGUAGAUUUAUGUUUAAACAAAUUAUCAAGCAUGCAUCUACUAAUGCAGUUAAACUGCCUAUUGCCUUUCCCUCUAUGAUUUGUGGGAUUAUCCUGAAUCAACACCCUGCCUCAAAAGUUGGAACUAUUGUUGUGCUGAAGGAGACUUGUAAAGAGUUGGGUGAAGGGAUAAGGGUAGAAACAGUUAGGAAACAAUCAUUAGAAGCAUUGAUUGCAGGCUUGGAGCAAGUUGAAGGUGAAAAUAUUGAUCAGGCUAAGGAAGCUGAAGCCCACACUUCUAGUGAGAGGUCUGCAACUAAUGAUGAGACAAGUAGCAAUUCUGUUUCUAGUGCUGAUGAAGCUUUUUAUUGGUUUGUAUCUCAGCUUGCUUACAGCUGA